ACGGUAGGAUGUCCUGUCAAACAGGUGAAAAAUGGCAUUUCCCAUUCAGUGAAUAAAUUAAUUAUAUAAAUUAAUUCCUAAAAUGGUUGUUUAUGUCAUAGUAGAAUCCUUUAUUUUGGGCGGUGCCAUACUAGCUGAUAGAUGUCCGGUACCCUUCUCACACCCAACUUUUCGCCAUAUCAUCGCCCGUCUUUUUACUAUUGGUACAACGUCUUUCACUUGUCUUUUCGCACAUACUGGCAAACCUUCUUACUUAACGGGCCUCACCUCAGCUGUGCAUUUGCGCCUCACAUUUCUCACACAUCGCCUUUCUAUCGCAAAGCCAGCAAUGGACCACUGCCGGGGGUAGCAAACACCGUAUGUUACACUAUAAAAAUCUAGGGAAGGUUGAAAGAAAAAGGUUUUGCUCCUGAUUGUACAUGUUUCUCUGUUUUCUUUUUUUCUCCAACCGCGGAGUCUCCAGAGAUGUGUCUUUGCUGAUAUCCUAAAUCCCUGGCAGUUCACUUGCUGGCCGGGAUGGGUGGGGUUCUCCUUUCCCAUCAGACAUCCUACUCGGAAAGUGGCCGAGUGUAAUUGUCCCCCCGCGGGAUAAAUUAUAUCUGAACUCCCUAGAAGCGAACGCUUGUCAUUUACCAGAGGAGACUAAGCUUUAUGCGGCUGCUCUAAACCCAACAAAAAUGACCGUCCAUAUCAUAUUUCCUUUUAGAGAAACUGCUGGCAAUUGCUCGACGGAGCGCAUAAUAGCUCGAAUUUACUACUACUAAGGAUAGUGGAGCUUUGGAGGCGGGGAGAGGGAGAUUGCACGCGAGUGACCAAUCAUGAAGGCUUUAGCUGUAGCUGCAUAAGUUAGUGCAUGGCUACCGCGGAGGAUAAAUGUUAAAGCGGGGAGGGCGGGCGAACAAGCCGGAAGCAUAGGAGAAAAUGAGGCUAGUGGAAGAAGUUAUGCUGGGUUCCGAAAUAACGGGUUUCGUGUGUUAGGUAUAUACGGUGGCUUGUAUCUUUCAAUAACCGGAAGGAUGAAAGUCCAUCUUCUAGGUUCCUCGUUGGGGAAGACGAGCACU